AUGCCGAGGCAGUCCAAAACUUACAAGCAGCAGCCAAUGCCAAGGCAAUCUUUUACCACUCACCAUCACUAUCACCUUCUACCACUCUUCUUCCUUGUACUUUUGCCAUAUGCAGUUUCUGCAGCAAAUAAUGAAGUCCUUGCCCUACUGUACUGGCUUCACAGCUCCCCUUCACCUCCUGCUGCACUCUCCAACUGGCAUCCUUCAGACCCCCACCCUUGUAGCUGGUCUUUCAUCACUUGUUCUUCCAAAAAAUCUGUUAUUGAAAUCAAUAUUCAGUUUAUAGAGCUAGCUCUUCCCUUCCCUUCCAAUUUUUCGUCUCUUCCUUCCCUUCAAAAGCUUGUCAUUUCUGGUGCUAAUCUCACUGGAACAAUCCCACCUAAUAUUGGAGACUGCAUGCAACUAACAGUUAUUGAUGUCAGCUCAAACAGUCUUGUUGGUGGUAUUCCUUCAAGUAUAGGGAAACUCCAAAAUCUACAGGACUUGAUUUUAAACUCUAACCAGCUUACUGGGGAGAUCCCUGCAGAGAUUGGUGAAUGCAGCAGCCUUAAGAAUCUCUUCAUAUUUGAUAACUUUUUAAGUGGGAAUCUUCCGGCUGAACUUGGUAAACUGUCAAAUCUGGAAGUUAUACGUGCAGGAGGGAACAAGGAUAUUGCAGGAAAACUCCCAGAUGAGAUUGGAGACUGCCAGAACCUGAAGGUGUUGGGUCUUGCUGAUACAAAAAUUUCAGGUUCAAUUCCUGUUUCACUAGGUAAGCUAAGUAAACUUCAAGUUCUAUCUGUAUAUACUACUAUGCUAUCAGGUGAGGUUCCACCACAUAUUGGCAACUGUUCAGAGCUUGUGGACUUAUAUCUGUAUGAGAAUGAUCUCUCCGGAUCACUUCCACCAGAGUUGGGUAAGCUUCAGAAACUGGAGAAGUUGUUGCUGUGGCAGAACAACUUUGAUGGGAGUAUUCCUGACCAAAUAGGAAACUGCAAAAGCUUGAUAACUAUUGAUCUUUCCUUAAAUUAUUUUUCUGGAAGCAUACCUCGGUCAUUUGGAAACCUCUCGAAUCUUCAAGAGCUCAUGCUUAGUAACAACAACAUCACUGGCACUAUUCCACCAGUUCUUUCUAAUGCUACAAGCCUAGUACAGUUACAGCUUGAUACGAAUCAGAUAUCAGGCUUUAUUCCAACAGAGCUUGGGAUGUUGAAGAAGCUGGCAGUCUUCUUUGCAUGGCAGAACAAACUUGAAGGAAGCAUUCCAGCAGCAUUGGCUGGUUGCAGGAGCCUCGAGGCUCUAGAUUUGUCACACAAUGCACUCACUGGGAGCUUGCCAUCCAGCUUAUUUCAGCUUCAAAAUCUAACAAAGCUUCUCUUAAUUUCUAAUGACAUUUCGGGCAUCAUACCUCCUGAGAUUGGUAAUUGCAGUUCUCUUAUCAGAGUCCGGCUUGUUAAUAACAGAAUCAGUGGAGAGAUCCCAAAAGAGAUUGGUUUCCUUGACAACCUCAGUUUCCUUGACCUGUCUGACAACCAUCUUGGAGGCUCAGUGCCAGAUGAGAUAGGUAACUGCACUCAGUUGCAGAUGCUGAACCUGAGCAAUAACACCAUUGGAGGUUCUUUGCCUUUCUCUUUAUCUUCUCUUACAAGACUUCAGGUAUUGGAUGUUUCUGUUAAUCAGUUAAAGGGACAAAUACCCCAGAGUUUUGGCCAACUUACUUCACUCAAUAGACUUAUUCUUAGCAGAAACUCUCUCUCGGGAUCAAUCCCCUCCUCUCUUGGUCAUUGUUUAAAUCUCCAAUUGCUUGAUCUUAGCAGUAAUGCACUAUCUGGUUCAAUCCCAGAGGAACUGUUUGACAUCCAAGCUCUUGAUAUUGCUCUGAAUCUAAGUUGGAACGCACUAUCUGGGGUAAUCCCACCUCAAAUUUCUGCGCUGAACAAGCUAUCCAUAUUGGACCUUUCACACAAUAAGCUUGAAGGUGACUUGGUAGCGCUUUCUGGGCUUGACAAUCUUGUUUCUCUGAACAUCUCCUACAACAAUUUCACUGGCUAUCUCCCAGAUAGCAAGUUGUUCCGACAGUUAUCAGCAACAGAAAUGGCAGGAAACCAGGGGCUGUGUUCUAAGGGCCACGAGUCAUGUUUCCUCAGCAAUGCUACAGCAACUCGUUUGCAAAAUGAUGAUGGUUUCAGACGGUCACAAACACUUAAAAUAGCUAUUGCGUUGCUUGUUACCUUGACCAUUGCAUUAGCAAUCUUUGGGGCUUUUGCAGUCUUAAGAGCUAGGAAGAUUAUUGGAGAUGAUAAUGAUUCUGAGAUGGGAGGGGAUUCAUGGCCUUGGCAAUUCACACCAUUCCAGAAGUUAAAUUUCUCAGUUGAUCAAGUUUUGAAAUGUUUAGUGGAAGCCAAUGUUAUUGGAAAGGGUUGUUCAGGGAUGGUUUAUCGUGCAGAACUUGGAAAUGGGGAAAUCAUUGCGGUAAAGAAGCUUUGGCCAACUACAAUGGCAGCUGGAUGUGAUUGCCAUAGUGACAAAAUUGGAAUAGGCGGAGUUCGUGAUUCCUUUUCUGCUGAGGUAAAAACUCUUGGUUCAAUCCGCCACAAAAACAUAGUGAGGUUCUUAGGCUGCUGUUGGAACCGGAGCACAAGAUUGCUUAUGUAUGAUUACAUGGAAAAUGGAAGUUUGGGUAGUCUUCUUCAUGAGCGCAGUGGCAGCUGCUUGGAAUGGGAACUUAGAUAUCGAAUUGUGUUGGGGGCAGCUCAUGGUUUGGCUUAUCUGCACCAUGACUGCGUUCCUCCCAUCGUUCACAGGGAUAUCAAGGCCAAUAACAUUCUCAUUGGACCUCAAUUUGAACCUUACCUUGCUGAUUUUGGACUUGCCAAGCUUGUCGAUAGUGGAGAUUUCGCUAGGUCUUCCAGCACGGUUGCUGGCUCCUAUGGUUACAUUGCUCCAGAGUAUGGCUAUAUGAUGAAGAUAACAGAGAAAAGUGAUGUGUAUAGCUAUGGAGUUGUGGUGUUGGAAGUGCUAACAGGAAAGCAACCAAUUGAUCCAACCAUACCAGAUGGGCUCCACAUUGUAGAUUGGGUAAGACAGAAAAGAGGAAGGAUUGAAGUCCUAGAUCCCAGCUUACAAGCUAGGCCUGAAUCUGAGAUCGAGGAAAUGUUGCAGACCUUAGGGGUGGGUUUGCUGUGUGUAAACCCUUCCCCUGAUGAUAGGCCUACCAUGAAAGACAUCGCAGCCAUGUUAAAGGAAAUAAGGCAGGAGAGGGAGGAGUGUAUGAAAGUCAGCAUGGUUCUCAACGCCUCAUCGGAAUGUAAUCACCAUGGAAACAGCAACUCCACAUCAUCAAUGAUGCAGAACUCAUAUCCUCAAAGCAGCAGUACAAGCUUUUCUGCAUCUUCAUUGCUAUACUCAUCUGCCUCCAAUGCUAAACUAGCUUUCAAGUAG